GACAGGUACACAGCAACCUGCAGAGGUUCAGAACACGUCAGAGGGAAAUAAGAAAAUGAAGGUCUUUGCUUUCGCUCUUCUGCUCCUGGUGGCCGUCACCUAUGGUGAGGCCCUGCAGUGCCACAACUGUGUCCGUGAGGCGUCUGACAGUGGAGAUUGCGUGGAGACUGUGGAGACUUGUCCCCCAGAGAUGAACGCCUGCGCCAAAGUGACCUACCCAGCCCCUUAUGAGAACACCUUCCACAAAUCUUGCUUCAACAUGAUGGAGUGCCUGAAGCUGGGAGUUGCUCAGGGUCUGCAGGUCACCUGCUGCAACUGGGACGGCUGCAACAAAUAAGACUCUGC